GUUGCAGUCCGGUUGCCGAGCGCUGGGUGAGAGACUCUGGGAGUGCAGGCUCGGAAAUGGCGGAGGGGGAGUUAGAUGUGGAUUCGCUCAUCUCUAGGCUGCUGGAAGUGCGGGGGUGUCGUCCCGGGAAGAUCGUGCAGAUGACAGAGGCGGAGGUGCGGGGGCUCUGCAUCAAAUCCAGAGAGAUCUUCCUGAGCCAGCCCAUCCUGCUGGAGCUGGAGGCGCCGCUCAAGAUCUGCGGCGAUAUCCACGGCCAGUACACAGACCUGCUGCGGCUCUUCGAGUACGGUGGUUUCCCCCCGGAGGCCAACUACCUGUUCCUGGGAGACUACGUGGACCGAGGGAAGCAGUCCCUGGAGACCAUCUGCCUGCUGCUGGCCUACAAGAUCAAAUACCCGGAGAACUUCUUCCUGCUGCGCGGGAACCACGAGUGCGCCUCCAUCAACCGCAUCUACGGCUUCUACGAUGAGUGCAAGAGGCGAUUCAACAUCAAGCUUUGGAAGACUUUCACCGACUGCUUCAACUGUCUGCCGAUCGCCGCCAUCGUCGAUGAGAAGAUCUUCUGCUGCCACGGAGGGCUGUCCCCUGAUUUGCAGUCUAUGGAGCAGAUUCGUCGCGUUAUGAGACCCACGGAUGUCCCCGACACAGGCUUGCUGUGUGACCUGCUGUGGUCGGACCCUGACAAGGACGUGCAGGGCUGGGGGGAGAACGACCGCGGGGUCUCCUUCACCUUCGGGGCUGACGUGGUCAGCAAGUUCCUGAAUCGCCACGACCUGGACCUCAUCUGCAGAGCACACCAGGUUGUAGAAGACGGCUAUGAGUUCUUCGCUAAGAGGCAGCUGGUCACCCUGUUCUCCGCUCCCAAUUACUGUGGCGAGUUCGACAAUGCUGGAGGGAUGAUGAGUGUGGAUGAAACCCUCAUGUGCUCCUUCCAGAUCCUGAAGCCAUCUGAGAAGAAAGCGAAGUACCAGUAUGGAGGAAUGAACUCCGGCAGACCGGUGACCCCGCCCCGCACAGCCACGCCCCCAAAGAAACGGUGAAGCAGGACGCCAGCCCUCCAAGCGCUUUCACCCAACGAGAAAUACAAAACCCAUCAAAAAAGAAAGUGCUUUUUUAAAAAUCAGCUGCUUCUGUCAGUCACGUUCUGCUUUUAUUAUUAUUAUUAUUAUUAUUAUUUGUUUUUCUUCUGCACUUCAACUCAAAACCAGUCUCCUCUACUCGCUUGUUUAUAGAAAGGAAGUAUUUAAAUUCACCAAGGGUUCUUUUUUUUUGUUGCUAAAUACAGAACAUUAAACACAGCUGUUGCUUUUGAAUUCCUGUACAGAACAGCAGCAACACACUUUGUA